AUGAGAAGUCGCCCAUCAUCUCCAACUGCAAUCACAAUCACAGUACUGAAUCUACUCCCACAAAAGUCCAACCUCAAAUUCUCCACAUCAAUUUCGAAUCCCAGCACACGAUCUCUCUUCUUCACCAGAACCCCUAAAUCCCAGCCCCAAACCCGAUUUCCCUCCUCGACCGUCCGAUCGCUCUUCACUGGAAUCGUCGAAGAAAUGGGGCAAGUCAAGCACCUGGGCAGCACCGCCGACGGCGGAUUCGACCUCAAGAUCCGAGCCAGCACCGUCCUCGAGGGCGUCCAUCUCGGCGACAGCAUCGCCGUCAACGGCACCUGCCUCACGGUGACCGAGUUCACCGACGAAGACUUCACCGUGGGGUUAUCCCCUGAGACUCUUCGGAAGACGUCCCUGAUAGAGCUCGAGGCCGGUUCGGCGGUGAACUUGGAGCGGGCGGUUCAGCCCACGAGCCGGAUGGGCGGGCAUUUCGUGCAGGGACAUGUGGACGGGACGGGGGAGAUUGUUGGCAAGGAUACAGAAGGGGAUUCGCUGUGGGUGAAGGUGAAGGUGGACAGAGGGCUGUUGAAGUAUGUUGUUCCGAAAGGGUUUAUCGCGGUGGACGGGACGAGUCUGACGGUGGUGGAUGUGUUUGAUGAGGAGAGCUGCUUCAAUUUCAUGCUCGUGGCUUAUACGCAGCAGAAGGUUGUGAUCCCUUUCAAGAAUGUUGGGCAGAAGGUGAACUUGGAGGUGGACAUUCUGGGCAAGUACGUGGAGCGGCUGCUCAGCAGUGGGUUUGUGGAAUCCAUCAAACCUGCAGCAUGA